CAAUUCCCCAUUUCCUCCGACCCUGCGCCACCUCCUUUUCCGACACAGGCACACAGCCCUAUCGGUAGCGGAGAAAUGGGGAGGCGGCGCCGCUUCGCGCAGCUCGACGACGACGACGAUAGCGCCACCGAGACGCCCAAGGCCAAGCCCUCCGGCGGUGGCGGCGGCGGCGCUUCGUCCUCGGGCCCUAACCCCAAGAAGCAGCAGCAGCAGCGCCGCCGCGUCUCCGCCGCCGCGGACGAGGAGGAGGAGGAGGAGGAGGAGGAGGACGUGGAGCUCGAGGAGGAGGAGGACGACGAGAAGGACCUGGAGGCGAUGCGGAGGGACGAGGAAGAGGAGCGGCGGGAGGAGGAGACGCAGACCCGCCGCCGCCGGGGCAGGCCGAAGCGACGCGCCCCGGAGAGCGAUGAGGAGGAGGAGGAAGAAGAAAAGGCGGAGCCGGAGGAGGAGGAGGAACCCCGUGAGGAGGAGAACACGGAGCCGGUGCCCAUCGGGAACCCUGUGAAGGUCACCGGCAAGGGGAAGAAGCAGAAGAAGCACUAUGCCUCCUUCGAGUACGAGGGCAACACGUUCGAGCUCGAGGACCCCGUGCUGCUCACGCCUGAGGACCGCAGUCAGAAGCCCUAUGUCGCCAUCAUCAAGGAUAUAACAGAAUCUGAGGAGAGCUUAAAUAUAACUGGUCAAUGGUUUUAUAGACCAGAAGAGGCUGAUAGAAAGGGUGGUGGAAGCUGGGUAGCACGUGACACACGGGAGCUAUUUUACAGUUUCCAUAUUGAUGAUGUGCCUGCAGAGUCAGUUAUGCACAAGUGUGUGGUCCAUUUCAUUCCUCUGCGCAAGCAGAUCCCCAGUCGAAAGCAACACCCUGGAUUUAUUGUCCAGAAGGUUUAUGAUGCAGUUGAGAAGAAACUGUGGAACCUAACAGACAAGGACUAUGAGGAUAACAAGCAACAAGAAAUUGAUCUCCUUGUCAAAAAAACAAUGGACCGUAUUGGUGAGCUUCCUGACCUUGAACCUUCUGAAGAUACGCCCGCUGACAACACUGAUCACUUGACAAAUAAACGAAGCCUACGGAAGAAACUGGUAAACCCUAUAGAUGUCAAAAGAGAACCUCCAGUUGGCAAAUCUGACCUGUUUGCAAAAGCAGAGACACCUGGAAGUGAUAAGCUAAAUUAUUAUGCCAUCCUUGUCAGAUAUAAAGCAGUUACUGGUGAUCAGUAUCGUGAUAAGUGGCUUGAUAAAUUGUUAGAUAGUAUUCCACUAGCAUCAAAGGAGAGUGCUGGGGCAUCUCAUGCUGAUCCUGAUAUUGCCGCCAAAAGUUCAACUAAUGGUUCAUCUUCAAAGGAUGUUGGUUCUGCUGACAAUGAAAAAUCAUAUGCACUUGAUGUUGUUGUUCCAAUAAUGGUUGCCUUAGAAAGAUCUGCAUAUGAAGCUCUUGGCAGUGACUUUGGGAAGUAUAACCAGAAACUGAGACAAUUAUUGUUCAACAUCAAGAAUAGCUCUAAACUACGCAGGCGACUGAUGGACAAAGAGCUUGAUCCUCCAGUUCUUUUAACAAUGUCCCCUGAUGAACUAAAGGCUGGGUUGACUUCAGCAGAGAAAACAUCUGAACCAGAAGAAUCAAGGCAGUUGCAGAUGACCGAUACACGAUGUGCAAGAUGCAAUGAAAAGAAGGUUGGCAUAUCUGAUAUUAUCCAUGCAGGUCAUGGAGAUCGCUAUCAGCUUGAAUGUACUUCCUGCGGCCACACAUGGUUUUCUUCCAGAGAUGCCAUCUCAACGCUGACAGUGGACACUCCGAGCACUGCUGGGAACGUGGGUACCGCCCCCUGGGCGACAGCAAAGUUUGACGUCCUUGAGAAGCAGCUCACAAGCCCGCGCGACCAGCCAGACAAAGCUGCCACCGAGAAGCAGAAAUCGUUCAGCAAGCCCAAGCCGGAGGAACCCUCCCCUGCGUCUGCACCGAAUCAUGAGUAGGCUGCCGCAUCAGUGUAGGGCGCUAGGAAGUUCAGGCUUCAGAUGUCUAUAGUUGUGCAUAUCUGGAUGUAGAAUCGCAAUUCCGGCUCUUAACAUGCCACCAGCUUGUCUUUCUGGUUGGAAACUACGGGCGGAAGUCUUCGCGUCAGUACUUUGAGCAAUUACCAGCAUAUGAGUUGACAUGUGGUUUCUGGUAGCUACCCGGUUAAUCGUUUCUCCUGCACAA